AGAUUAAGAAAAAGCAACUUAUCCAGACAAAGAUUGCUAUUUAACCCAACAUAGAUACUCUACUUAUCUUAAGAUCUCUUUCUUCUAAAAGCCAAGUUAGGACAAGGCAGAAACAUGGCUUCUCCUGUCAGAAGCAGGCUCUCUCUUGCCAUGGAGAGAACUGGCAAAUGGGUCUUUUCUAAAGAUAUUCCUACAGAUGUUGUGGUUGUAGUGUGUGAAGCCAGCUUUUCUCUUCAUAAGUUCAUGCUACUGGCAAAGAGCAACUACAUACGAAAACUAAUUUUUGAAUCAAAAGAACCAGAGCUAGCUAGGAUCGAUCUGUCUGGCAUACCUGGAGGGCCUGAGAUCUUCGUAAAAGCAGCAAAAUUCUGCUAUGGUGUUAACUUUGAGAUCACGGUUCAAAACGUAGCAGCCCUUCGUUGUGCUGCUGAGUAUCUUCAAAUGACUGAUACGUAUUGUGAUAACAAUCUUGCUGGUCGGACUGAAGAUUUCUUUGCUCAAGUAGCCCUGUCUAGCCUUUCCGGCGCCAUCAUUGUGUUAAAAUCCUGCGAAGAUCUCCUUCCUCUGGCUGAAGACGUCAAAAUUGUCCAAAGAUGUGUCGAUGCCAUCAGCCUUAAGGCUUGUAAUGAGGCAAACUUUCCAAGCAGAACACCACCAAAUUGGUGGACUGAGGAGUUAUCAAUUUUAGACAUAGAAUUCAUUGGCAGAAUCCUGUCUGGAAUGAGGAAACGCGCCGCGAAAGCACUAACCUUAGCAAGUGCUUUAAUAACAUACACAGAAAGAAAUCUUCGAGAUCUUGUUCGAGAUCACUCCGGCAGGUGCACCAAGUCCUCCAUUUCUGAUGAUUCUGGUAUGUAUGCCCGCGAACGCGAGCUUCUGCAAUCAAUAGUCUCUCUCUUGCCCUCGGAGAAAGCUACCUUGCCUAUCAACUUCCUCUGCUGCCUUCUCCGUACUGCCAUCUUUGUCAAGGCCUCAAAUUCUUGCAAGAAUGAGCUCGAGAAGCGAAUCUCUGUGAUAUUAGAGCAUGUCACGGUUGAUGAUCUACUCGUCAUGUCUUUCACUUAUAAUGGUGAGAAACUUUACGAUCUGGAUAGCAUCAGGAGCAUCAUAUCAGGAUUCAUGGAGAAGGAGAAGAAUAUGGCUGUCUUUAGUGGUGGUGAUUUCGAGGAAACAUGUUCUGCAGCAAUGCAUAGAGUCGCAAAAACUGUGGACUCGUACCUUGGUGAGAUCGCAACCUAUCCUGAACUCACCAUUUCCAAAUUCAAUGGGAUUGCAACUCUUGUGCGGAAAGGAGCCAGAAAGGUUGACGAUGAUCUCUAUCGUGCCAUCGACAUCUAUCUGAAGGCUCAUCCGAAUCUCGAUGAGAUGGAACGAGAGAAGGUUUGCAGUGUCAUGGAUCCAUUGAAACUCUCCUAUGAAGCUCGACUCCAUGCUUCACAAAACAAAAGAUUACCAGUACAGAUUGUUUUGCAUACCCUUUACUACGAUCAGCUUAAACUUAGGAGUGGUGCAGAUGAUCAGCCUGAUGCUGCUGCAACAAGGAGUCAAUUGCAAUCUGAUGUUUCACUUGUCAGUGAGAAUGAGGCCUUGCGAUCAGAGCUUACGAAGAUGAAGCUUUACAUCUCAGACAUGCAGAAGGAUAAAGGGAGUUCAGCUAAAAGUAUUUCUGCUGCUGCUGCUACUACUUCUGGGCCUCGAAAACAUACCUUCUUCUCAUCCAUGUCGAAGACCUUGGGGAAGUUGAAUCCUUUCAAGCAUGGAUCUAAGGAUACUUCUCAUAUCGAUGACAAUAUUGCCGUGGAUAUUACCAAGCCCAGGAGGAGAAGGUUCUCCGUUUCUUAGAAGUUAAAACUAGCUAGUUAAUUACCUUCCAUUGAAUUUGUGUGAUAAAUUUGCGUAGAUAGAGCUGGGCUGGUGAUCCACUCGAAUAUUGUGAUGGUAUUAUUUUGUUUUCCUUUAGUUUCUUAAUAGAUUUGGAUUAUAAGUUCUAAUAGUGAAUAUGUGUGUAAUCUCAAUGUGAUGUAAAAUACUUGAGAAGGGAAGUAAUUGGUCAAUGGAGAAAUGUUUUAUGAAAUUUUCAAUUAA